GGUGGUGGUGGUGGUGAAAAAGGACGAGUACAGUGCGUAGAAAACGUUUUCGUCGUCUUCGUCUCUUUGUCUCUUUGUCGACGACGAUUGUUAAAAUCUCUCGCAAUCUGGUGAAGAGAUAGAGAGAGAGAGAGAGAGAGAAUUUAAUUGCGACGUGUGUGAAAAACAAACAAGUCGCGUCCGCCAUCUUUCGCUUCUCCAGCUGCGAUUCGUGGAAGUGGGAGUGAAGUCGGAGUAGGAGUAGAAGAAGAAGAAGAAGAAGAAGAAGAAGGAGAAGAAGACGGAACGAGUGGAGAGAAAGCGGAGAAGAACUAUCAAGAGAAAAAAAAUAGUCGGUUGUGUCUCUGCCGUGAGUGUGUUUGUGCGUCACCACCGUUCGGUUGGAUUCUGUUUUUGGAAGCAAAAGAAGUCAGGUUUCUGCUCGAAAGGUGACCAACGGUCACCGAAUGUGGCCAAAUUCGCAAAGAACGCGAAAAGGGAGGACCGCGAAGAAAUUCGAAACAACCAGUCCGAGGUAGCAUUGCGCUAAACGGAAGCUUCCCAGGGUGCCCCACUACUACCAACAUCAACAGCCAUCGCACUACUGCUACUACACUACUACUGCUACUACUACUACUACUACUACUACUACUACUAUUACUACUACUAUUACACUAUUACACUUCUACUAUACGUACUAGAUCACAACACAUCGUCACGUUUGUUACGCCGCGCGUUUCCUCCGACCGAUCCCCUAUUCCCCUCUGCCCUGGAUACAGAGUUAUUGCGCAGUUAGAAAAAUCGCUGGAUACGGACGCUAUAGAAGAGAAAGACAGAGAGAGAUAGAGAGAGAAAGAGAGAGACGCCAGCUAGCUAGCUAGCCUGCCUGCGCUUGCUUGCUUGCUUUCACCUCGGGAGAAGCGACCCGCGAUAAACUAAGAACGACGGGUCGAGAAAAAAUAGGAAAGUGAUAGAGAGAGAAAGAAAGAGAGAGAGAGAGAGAAAGAGAAAGAGGAAAAAAGAACGCUAUCGAGAAAAGGCAUCGUCUCGUCUCGUCGAAAUCAUGACGAAUUCGGCACCAAAGUUGAACGACAAGGUCGAGCGACAGGGCUCACCUAAUACAGGUGGAAAGAGGCAUCAUCGCUCGAAUUCGGUGAAAUCUUCCCCGUUCUUUCAUAGCAGUGGCGGACGUUAUGGUAAAAAUGGAAUGAACAACAACAACAACAACAACAACAAUAGCAGCAACAGCAGCACCGGUAGACUUAGUUGCAGUCCGCCAUGUAGCGGUAAAACAUCUAGAAAUUCGCCAUUGCGAUACGAUAGUAUCAGCAGUCCAAGGGGUAGCCCUACUAACAGCUUUUACGCUGGCGCCAAAUUUUCGGAACCGCCAUCACCAGCGAGUCUCCCUAAACCACCAAGCCAUUGGACCAAUAACAGAUUCAUCAAUAGUUGCCAGCGGUCUGAAAGGAGAAGUAACAAUGAUAUUUCGAAUCAUCUUAAGAUGAUACUCAACGUCCAAGCCUGAUAUCCAAAGAUCCACGGACCGCCGGAGACGGUCGUCUAUCGCGGCUCCCAGCGGGAGAGACAACUACGAUAUCAUCAUCGUCAUCGAUAUCAUCAGCAUAAUCAUCGUUAUCAUCAACAUUAUCAUCAUCGUUAUCAUCAUCGUCAUCAUCAUCAUCAUCAUCCUUCUUCUUCCUCAUCGGGCUACGGACAAUACGUUCGCGCGUGCGGCCUCGAGCUGAUCGUUUAAAAACCGUGAGUAAGAAAACAGACGAGACGAUUUAUUAUUAUUAACAAUUUCUCUGCAUCCCGUGUAUGUAUGUGUAAUAUGUAUAUUAUCUACGAAUCGUAACGUUAUAUCUCUCUAUACGAUGUAUCAUAGUACACAACCACGCGAACUUCACCGCGUUAAAAUCAUCGAUGAGAUGAGAUGAGAUGAGAUGAGAUGAGAUGAGAUGAGAUGAGAUGAAAUUAGGAAGAAGGUGAUUAUAAGAGAAAUGACGAUGGAUGGAGGUGGAGAGAAGGAAAAGAGGAAGGAGACAGACAGAGAGAGAGAGAGAGAGAAAGAGAAAUUUAGAGA